AUGUCCUUUUUUAGCAAACUUUCCAAAAUGUUUAACCCAUUUGGGGGUGCUAUUGAUUAUAAAGAAGUUGUAUUAUUUUCAUUUAGACAACAACAAAAAUUAGAUAAAUGGAGAAUAGUUACAGAUCAAGAAGUUGGUGGAUUCACAACAGCAGCAUUUAAAUUUAAUCCAUCAGAUCAAUUUGCAGAGUUUUCAGGUAUCAUAUCAAAGAAAUUACCAACAAAUAAUAGUAGAAUUAAAUCAACUGGUUAUGCUGGUGUAUUUGGUAAAAUUGAUCUUUCAGAUUAUGAUUUAAAUACAUUUAAUAGAAUUUCAGUUAGAGUAAAAUCAGAUAAAAGAACUUAUUCAAUAGCAUUAUUAAAGAGUUGUGAAAAACAAACAAUGUAUAAAUCAAUAUUUGCAACAACACCAAACCAAUGGGAAACUGUUGAAGUACCUUUGAAUGAAUUUUUCAAAGUUCAUAAAGGUGUUGUUGAAAUGGAUUUAUCUAAAAUAGAAACCAAAGGUAUUGAUUCAAUUGGUUUCGUUCAAACUGAUAAAGCAGAAGGUGAAUUUAAUUUAAAAAUUGAAUAUAUUAAAUUAAUACAAUCACAAUCAACUUUAAAUUCUUUAGAUUCUAGAAUGAUUUCUUCAACUGGUCGUAUAAUUUAUCCACCAUCAGUUUAA